AUGCGUGGAAAGGAACUCGCGCGCAACUUCAGUAUAUCCGAAAGCCAAGUGAGCCGUAUUUUCACAACGUGGAUAAACUUCCUAGAGAGGGAGCUUCGGCACCUUAACCAUAUACCUUCACAAGAACAAAUUCUGCCUCACCUCCCAAAAUCUUUUCGACAUUUCGAAAACACGAGGCUUAUUUUGGAUGCCACGGAGGUCAGAAUACAGCGACCAUCGUCUCAAAGUGCGCAGCGCCAGACAUUUUCUUCCUACAAACACUACAAUACAUAUAAAGUCCUUAUUGGGUGCACACCUGACGGAUACAUAGCAUUUGUAUCUCGUUUGUGGGGAGGCUCUGUAUCGGAUAAGAAUAUUCUGCAGUGUAGUGGGCUUCUGGAUGACUUGGAGCCUGGUGAUGCUAUUAUGGUUGAUAAAGGGUUCACAUUCCCCUACUUGCCUCCUGAACUGACAGUAUACAGGCCUCCAUUUCGAGAACGACAUGAAAUGCAAAUGAAUGCCCAAGAUGUAUUAGAGACAAGGCGCAUUGCAUCGGCAAGGGUUCAUGUGGAAAGAGUGAUCGCACGUGUCAAAAGCUUCCAUAUCCUAGACAGGCCAUUUCCAAUUUGUAUGAUGGACAUUGCUGAGCACAUCUUCAAAGUGUGCUGCUUUUUAAGCAAUUAUCGAAAUGUACUCAUUAAGGACACCGACUAACAAGGAUGAAAAUAAUGCCUCGAGCAAUGCCACCUGCAAACCGCAGGUAGCC